AUGUUAUACACAAGCAAACGGAGCUUCGGCUCUGAAACACCGAGCUCGCACGACGCGCCGCAGCGAACAAGCCAUACACCAUCAUCAUCACAUCGACAGCCGCUCACAAUGCGGUCUCCGAGUCUGCAGCUCAUCCAGCCCGAGAACUGGGCACAGCCAAACAUGCCCACCUACAACACGCCCAUCUUCCUCAUCCACGACGGCAGCGGCACCACCUUGGCCUAUCAAUUCCUCGAGAUCCUGGGUCGCUACACCUACGGCAUCCGCAAUCCCUACUACUACUCCGGCAAGGUCUUCGAGGGCGGCAUCUCCGAGAUGGCCUUUCUAUACGCGUCGUGGAUCCGAAAGACGGUGCAGGAUAAGGACUUCCCGGCCAAGAAGAGGAAUAUGGAUGGCAGCACGAGCAUCUUCCUGGGCGGCUGGAGCUUGGGCGGCCUGCUCAGCAUGGAGGUUGCGCGACAGCUGGCCGUGGACGAUGUCGUGAGGGUCGCGGGCAUCCUCAUGAUCGACAGCACCUUCCCUGGCGUGUCAAGGCCGUUACCUACAAGCUCUGUCCCUCUUGUUCCCUCCUUCGGAGUGCCUACGGCGAAUAAGUUCUCUGGCGUUAGAUUCCCUGAUGUUUCUACGCGCAAGAUGCUGUGCGACGACGACGUCUCCAGCGACGACGAAUCGCUACCAGAUUUGAGCGACGUCUCUUCAAGGGACGGCUCAUCGGAGGAUGAGUCAUCAACCGACGAAGACGAAGCCAUCAUGAACAAGAUCCGCUCCAAGACCUGUAUGGCAGAGGCUGUGCGUAUGAUCCGGCAGUGGCGUCUUCCCCAGUGGUCAGGCAGACUCUACGACCGCCGACCAAAGGUGGUACUGCUGCGCGCGAAAAACUACGUGCCGACAAAAGAAGGCCGCACUGUCGGCAUGGAUCUGAACAGAGAGGAUCCCCUGCUUGGUUGGGGCGACUACGACGAAGAGAUGUUUAGUGAUGUCUAUGAUGUUGACGGACACCACUUCAAUUUGUUUGAGUAUGACAAGAUAUCCAACAUGACGAGGACAAUCAAGAAGGGCUUAGAUAGGCUGGAAGAGGCCUCCCAGAUGAUGAUGUUUGAGAGUUGGUAG